AUGACCAAAUUUGUAAAUAAGGACUUGCAAAAUGCUUCAGUAAAGCAACGCUUUGGGUUAGUUGAGAGAGGUGGGUUGGUGAUACCGACGCAGCUAUGGUGCGUGGCUAAUAACAACGCGGAGGACACAGCCCUGCAGGGGGGGCUGGACUGGGCCUGUGGUCAAGGGGGAGUGGACUGCAGUCCAAUCCAGCAGGGCGGACCUUGUUGUGACCCCAGUGAUGUUCAGCAAAUGGCGUGUUAUGCUUUCAAUGACUAUAACUUGAAGCAUGGCAUGACCGAUGAAAGCUGCAACUUUGAUCACUCUGCCGCUGUCGGUGUAGUUGCACAUUCCCCGCCAGAUGGUUACAGUUUAGUUACUCUGUUUCGACACCCUUCUUCCCAAUUAAAGUUCCUCUUGACAGUGAAGAAUGGCAACAUUUCAGACUCAACAACAGUGGGAAUGGGGACAGAUGGUGCAGAUUUUUGUGGCUGCAGAUAG